AUGUCUUCAUCGCCCACCAUCGCAGCUUCCUCCACCAAGCGUCCGCUGGAGGAGCCUUCUUCGCCUGCUGGACCCAACGACCAGCCCGAUGCAAAGCGCCCCGCUCUCGACAAGAUGGUCAAAGACGAGCCUAGCGCAGACGAAAUUGAUAUUGCGCAACCCGUCAAGGGUGAAGGCAUUGCCCCCGAGGACAUCAAUGAAGAGGACGUGAAACCGGAGCUACUUGUAACCGACGCCGCGGCCCAGAAUGGUGCUAAGAACGUCCAGACAGACACUGUCGUUCCAGAUGCCCCCUCUAUCCUUGAAACCCAGCCCAUUCAGUCUACCUCUGGCGCCAAUGGCCGGCCUGUCAACCACAAUCAGCAGGUAGACGAGACCAAUUGGCUCCAUCUGCGUGCUUGUAUCGGCACCAGCGAGGCCGCCACCAUUAUUGGCAAGGGCGGUGAGAACGUGACACAGAUUCGACGUUUGUCUGGUGCCAAAUGCACCGUCAGCGACUACUCUCGAGGUGCUGUCGAACGUAUCCUCACCGUGAGCGGCCAAGUCGAUGCUGUCUCCAAGGCAUUUGGUCUCAUUGUUCGCACCCUCAACCAAGAAGAUCUUGAGACCCCUUCUACGUCGACAUCGAAGGCAUAUCCUAUGCGACUACUUAUCCCUCACAUUCUCAUCGGCUCCAUCAUUGGAAAAGCUGGAGUCCGGAUCCGCGAGAUCCAGGAGGCUUCCAAUGCUAAGUUGAACGCAUCUGAUACCCUCCUUCCCAACUCUGGCGAGCGUUCAUUAGUCGUUCUCGGUGUCGCUGACGCUGUACACAUUGCUGUGUACUAUGUCGCCCAAACCUUAGUUGAGCAGCUGACAGAGCGCUUCGGCGGACCAGCUGCUUCUCAGUAUGCAACACGUAGUGGUAUGGCUGCCAACGUUGUCCCAGGCGGCAUGUCUGUUCAACCAUACGUCCCCCAACCUGCAGGAGGUCAGUACGCACAUACACAGAACUUCCGUCGUCAGGAACCCCAGCGCACCCCCACUCAUGGUGGAUAUGGUGCUCCUAUGCAUGGACAGCCCCCUCAACCAUCACCCUAUGGUCAUCCCAACAUGCCCUACGGGGCUGGCUCGCCUGGUCGCGCUCCUUAUGGCGGUCCUGCGGCGCCCAACCCUUACGGUGGCCACCAUGCUGCCGCACCUGUCGCGCAUGGUGCAGCUCCUAACCAUGCAGCACAGGUCGCAAUGCCCGGCCAGCCGCUGACACAGCAGAUUUUUAUUCCUAACGAUAUGGUCGGCGCCAUCAUCGGCAAGGGUGGUGCGAAGAUCAACGAGAUUCGUCAGCUCAGCGGUAGUGUUAUCAAGAUCAACGAACCUACUGAUAACAGUAACGAGCGUUUGGUUACCAUUACCGGCACACAGGAGUGCAACCAGAUGGCAUUGUACAUGCUGUACUCGCGACUUGAGUCGGAGAAGCAUCGUAUCUAG